UUCUCAAAAAACUUUUCUUGCUCGGCAUGCUUUCGAAAAGGAAUUUAGAAGGGAUGAAAUAUCUGGAGUAACCAUUGAAAUGGUUGAUGAGAAAGAAGUUAUUAUUGUUAAUUUAAAUUUACCAAAAGGGUCAUCAUUACACUUUGAUUUGCCAUCUGUAUUUGGGGGUUUUCCUGUGAUUAUUGACUACGGGUUGGUCGAACCGUUUCAUCGAAAUUAUCAUGAAGAACUUAUGCCUGGUAUCAGCAUUGGACGUUUUAAAAAUCCACCAAAUGCAUCCUGCACAAGCUAG